CAUGUGCCACAAGGAGUGACUGACAACUCCGUGGAUAUGGACAGCCUGAACAGAAACAUGCCUGAGUGCGGACGGCAGACCCACCAGGUGUUGCAGAGCACACCGCUGGACCUGAUUGAGACAGGAAAGGGGCUGAAGUUCCAGGCGGAGCGCCCCCAUCUGGUCAGCCUGGGCAGUGGACGUCUGAGCACAGCCAUCACCUUGCUUCCUCUGCCUGAGGGCCGGACGACCCUGGGUCACGGUCCCAUGGACAUCAACAUCCAGGGCCCUGGGGUGGCGGCCCAGCACUGCUACAUAGAGAACAGGCAGGGGGUUAUCACCCUGCACCCCUGUGGGAACCUCUGCGCUGUCGACGGGCUCCAGGUCACCAAGCCCGUCCGUCUGUCGCAAGGCUGUAUGCUGUGCUUUGGCCAGUCGGCCUUCUUCCGCUUCAACCACCCUGAGGAAGCCUUCAGGAUGAAGAGCAUGAUGCCCCAGGGAGGGAAGGGCCCCACCGGGGACUACAGACUAUGCACAGAUACAGAGAGCCUGGUCAAUGGGAAUCACCAGCCCAGUCCAGCCCAGUCUCCCCCAGCUCCUGGAGAGAGAGUCCAGUCCGAGCACAGUGCAAUUGUCAGCUCUAUUGAGAAGGACCUCCAGGACAUCAUGGACUCCUUAGUCAUGGAUGAUCCCCAGCCGUCUUCCUCGGAGGCCAAAAAGCCUCCAGGGGGCCAACCCAUCCCCCACUCCCCCCUCUCGCCCAUGGUCAACGGAGGUGGGAGGUACCUGCUGUCCCCUCCUACCAGCCCAGGGGCCAUGUCAGUGGGCUCUAGCUAUGAGAACACAUCCCCUCCCUUUUCGCCCCUCUCGUCCCCCUCAGCGGCCAGCAGUGGGAGCUUCACCAGCCCCUCUCCCAGCGGAGGACCGCAGGACCAGAGUUCUCUGCCACCAGUGCCUGUACGCUCCUCCAGCUACAAUUUCACCACCCAGCCUCCACCCAUACCCCAGCCACGGACCAUACUGCCUAACUACAGCAGCGGUGGGGCAAGCCUGAAGGUUCAGGAAAGCCCCAGGCUGCAGAGGAAGGAGGCCCCUGCAAGCCCCAAGCCGGGCCGCAGAGGACUGGGCCAAGAUGGGCCCGAGAGCCCCCGACAGACCCAUCCACUGUCCUCUACUGAAUCUCUCAGUAGCAGAAACGUAGUGCCAAGUAGCCCCAGACUCACUCCUAAGUUCCCUACCAGCCCUUCCCCAUCCCCCUCCAGCCCCAGGACCAAGACGGCCACGGUGCUCCAGGAUCGGCCUGCCAGCCCCUUCAGAGAGCAGACCAGCUUGGCUGACCGCUCCCUCACCUCCAGCCCAUCCAGGCAGCUGUCCCAGCCCUCCAGGCCCUUCCAGCCUCCCCUGGACCCUAUUGUCCACAUCAUCCAAGGCUCCCCACUUCAGCAGCACCCACGCCCGCUGCAGCCACCUGAGAGCCCCCGGAUAACCAGGCGAAACAUGGAGUUGAACGGAGGCAGUGGAGGUGGUAGCAGUAUGAGGGAGCUGCCGCCUCUCAGCCCCUCUAUGGCUCGGAGAGGGGUCCCGGUGCUGCCAGGAGCGCUCCCAGGGACAAUCCCCACCUUGAGGACCCCAGACAGCCCCUCAAGUCUGGGAAAGCUGGUUCCAGAGAGUCCAAGGAUGCGACGCAAGACUGGAUCCCCGCCAGAGGAGCCAAUGGGCAGCAGGGGCAUCCGAGCACGCAGCCCCUCACCCACCUCUCUGAUGAUGGAGAGUGGCGGUGGAGGAGCGGGAAGGAAGGCUAGCUUUGGGAAUGCCCUGUCCCCUGCAUACAGCUUGGGCUCCCUGCCUGGCUCGUCCCCAGUGGCCAGCCCCAGGAGCCACAGGAAGAUGUCUGCUGGUGCUCGGGAGCUGACUAGACCCCAUCCAGGGAUGAGGGAGAGGAAGAACAGCAUCACUGAGAUCAGCGACAAUGAGGACGAGCUGCUGGAGUACCACCGACGCCAGAGAGAGGAGAGGCUUCGUGAGCAGGAGAUGGAGAGACUGGAGAGACAGCGACUAGAGACCAUCCUGAACCUCUGUGCCGAGUACAACAAAGGCGACUGUCCCGGCUUGGACUCACUGGGCUCUGGGAGGACGGGGUUCCCUGGAGUGCUGGCUGAAGGCGCCGGGCGGAGACCGUCCAUGGAGAAUGUCCUCGGAGGGACGCCGACCUCAUCCACGCUGCGCCUGGCCCAGAGGCAGAGGGAGAGCGACGAGGAGAACCUGAAGGAAGAGUGUAGUAGUACAGAGAGCACUCAUCAGGAGGUGAGGACAUCUCCUGCUCCAAGCACAGCAUCAGCACUGCACAAUGGAGACAGACAGCAUGAGGACUCCUCCAGUUCGAGCAGUGCUGGUCGCCUGGAGCUCGGUUACCUGGAGGAUGAGCGGGUUCGGGUUCUGGCUCGUGUUGAUGAACUCAAGACCCGGCUGACAGAGUUGGAGCAGCAGCUGCAGGAGUCCAAACAAGAGGCAGAGAUGGAGCGUGCCUUGCUGCAGGGCGAGAGGCAGGCAGAGCUUGACCAGAUUGAGACCGAGUCGGACAUCAUCGCUCAGCUGCAGCACAAGCUGGACGAGCUGGAGAGCGCCAUCCAGAGGGAGAAAGACAAGGAGAGGGCUAAUGUUGAGGCCGAGCGCCGGGCCCUGCAGAGCCUCCAGGAGGGCUACGCUGAGCUGAAGAACCAGCUUCAUAACUGUCCCGAGUCCCUACGGGAACAGUUGCAGGAACAGCUCAAAAGGGACGGAGAAGCGUUGGAAGCUGGUACCAAACAGUUUGAGGACCUGGAGUUUCAACAGCUGGAGAGGGAGAGCAGCCUGGAGGAGGAAAGAGAAACCAUCAGCCAGCAGCUCCUCCAGGAGAGGGCAGAGUACCACAGCAGUGUCGCCAAGAGGAAGGAGAAGGUGUCUGCUCUGGAGAGCCAGGCCAACCAGCUGGGCCUGCAGGCCUCCCAGGAGUGUGAGCGGCUGGCCAAGGACAGAACCCUCACUCUGCAAAUGCUUCAAAAGGAGAAAGAGAGACUGUCAGCUUUGGAGAAGAGAUACCACAGCCUGACAGGAGGAAAGAGCUUCCCCAAGUCCUCCAGUGCCAUGAGAGAGGACUACCUGAAGCUGUCGGACGUCUUUAAGAUGUACGGCAGCAGUGGCUACCGUGACAGCAGCAAGCCCGCCUCGCACGGCCGCUCGUUUGCCAUAGACGCUGCAUUAGCUGGCCCCUGCGAGGACUAUGUGACUGUUGGCCAGUUAAAUCAGAUGUACGGGAUGCCCAAGGUGGAGUCCUCCCCCACCUCCCCGCUUCGCCAGCCCCUGCAUCCUGGAGCGGUAGACCCUGCCUUCUCCUGCCUUUCCCCUCCGCAUGGCUCCUCCCUCUCUCUCUCUGUGGAGGUGUUCCGCUCCAAGCUGGACAGUGACGCGGGGCUGUCGGUACAUCGGCCCAAAACAGGCUCUGGAUCCCCCAUCCAGCACGGAGCAGCAACACUGGGACGCAACACACCUUCUAAGAGCCCCCAGCUGGCGGCCAACAGCACCGGCAGCCUGCCCAGGAACCUGGCUGCCACCCUGCAGGACAUCGAGACCAAGAGACAGCUGGCCCUGCAGCAGAAAGAGUCCCAGUCCUCCAGCCACCCCACCAUAGAGGAAAGCCCAGCAGGUCAGCAGGUGAUCGAGGAGCAGCGGCGUCGCCUGGCUGAGCUCAAACAGAGAGCAGCGGUGGAGGCUCAGUGCCAGUGGGAGGCGCUCCACGGCUCCCAGUCCCACCUCAUCACCUCCUCCCCCUCUUCCUCUUCCUACUCCCCGGCCAUGGCCUACUCUCCUGGGCUGAGCCAGAGCUCCAUAGGGCCCCCGCCGCUCGUGCACCACUCCAUCCUGCACCACCAGCCCCCAUCAGCGGGCGAGCAGCCCUACGACACCCUGAGUCUGGAGAGCUCCGACAGCAUGGACACCAGCGUCUCCACCGGCAACAACUCAGCAUGCUCGCCAGAUAACAUGUCCAAUGCCAGUGGAAUGGACGCCCUGAAGAUUGAGGAGAUGGAGAAGAUGCUGAGAGAGGCCCAGCUGGAGAAAGCAAGACUCAUUGAAUCGCGGGAACGAGAGAGCCUUGCUCGUCGUCAAAUGCUGGAGGAGGAGAGGAGGAGGAGGGAGGAGGCGGAGAGGAGACUGCAGGAUGAAACGUCCCACCGGCAGCAGUUAGUGGAGAAGGAGGUCAAGAUGAGGUCCAAGAACUUCUCUCAGGCCCGUCCUAUGACUCGUUACCUGCCUAUCCGGAAGGAGGAGUUCGACCUGCGCUCCCAUGUUGAAUCCUCAGGUCACAGCGUGGAGACCUGCUACCAGGUCAUUCUAACAGAGAAGAUGUGCAAGGGCUACCUAGUCAAGAUGGGAGGCAAGAUCAAGUCCUGGAAGAAACGCUGGUUCGUCUUUGACCGUCUCAAAAGGACCUUUUCCUACUACGUUGACAAACACGAGACCAAGCUGAAGGGUGUAAUCUACUUCCAGGCGAUAGAAGAAGUCUAUUAUGAUCACCUCCGCAGUGCCACAAAGAGUCCCAACCCGUCGCUGACGUUCUGUGUGAAGACCCACGACCGGCUCUACUACAUGGUCGCCCCGUCAGCCGAGGCCAUGAGGAUCUGGAUGGACGUCAUCGUCACAGGAGCAGAGGGAUACACACAAUUCAUGAACUAAAACACACACGCGCGCACACUUGGAAGACGCCGCUGCUGCUGCUGCUGCUGCUGCUGCUGCUGUGGCGGCGGCGGCAGACUAACAAAGUGACAACCAGAUUGUUUCGGCAGGGACUCUCACCAUCACAGACUCUACAGGCCCUUUCCUUCCUGACGACGACAGUGACGACGUUCCCUCGCUUUUCCCAGGACCACGGGGCGGGGUGUUUACUUUUCAUCAUAUGUUUUUAAUCCCAUACCUUCAUUUUCCAAUGUAGAUGUUUUCACCGCCGCAUUUUGUACUUGAUUCUGUUUGGAUUGAAAAAGGGAGCCCUUGGAGGACACACACACUCACACACACACACACACACUCACUCACACACACACUUCUGUAUAUAAACCAAAAUGUAUACCUGUCAAAGACUUAAAAGCCUUUCUAUAUUGCCAAAUGGAGAUCUUCUUGUAGUUACAGAUUGUUAAACCUUUUUUGUAUUAGUUGUUUCCUUUUCUUUAUUUCUUUUCUUUUCUUUUUUUUUUUUACUCAUUAUAGCAAAAAUUGCCAAAUGACAACAUGCCAAUGUUUUUGUUUCUUUCAAAGACACAUGGUCAUCACAUGGAGCGUUCCACAGAGACUGUGCUUUGUUCUGUCAGAAGCGACUUCAAAUAGUCUUCAAUCAAAAGGUGUAAUCAUUUUCGAAUAUCUAUUUUAAAGGAUCUUGUUUGAAAUAUUGUGUACAUCUGUGUGAGGUAACAGAAAUCAAUCACGGCAGAUGAAAAUCCUUUUAUUUAUCUGAGGCAGUCUGGACUUUAUUCAUUUUGCCUGUUACCAUGAAACUUAGUGGAGUACUGUAACUUCAAAGUGCAAAACGGUCCCGUCACCGCAGCGCUGCCGAGUCCUCGUCAGAAUGCAGGGCAGCACAUCCAGCACGUUAUGGUACCCAGAGCGACAUCCUGUCCAUCAUACUCCAAAUAUUCACUUACCAAAGUAGUUGGAGGUAUUUUGUUACACUUUGACCCGAGUUCUCACUGGGGUGUGAGCGAUGCUGGGUUUUGGAGGCUGAUCCCAGGAGAUGAGACCAUAAUUCUGUGCAGCAUUUGAUGCAUUUAAAUUUGUCCAUUUUCAGUGUAUUCGGUGUUUCCCCUGGAUUGUGUUCUUGAGGUGGAAAAGCCUUUCAAAACAACAUUUAGAUGCAUUUAGAUCACCACGGGACACUGAAACCCAGACUAAUGAAAGUCUUUUAGGUUUAGCAGCUCCUUAAGGCAGGGUGACCCACUGCAUUGUGCGUAUAGUGUAUUUACUGAUGCAAUACAUUACCGCCUUUAAAUGAAUUCAUUUCCGAUGCCAUUACUGAACAAUUUACUGAAUAAAUAAAAUUAAUGUGGGUUUUUCAAACUGUUUUGAAGUCGCUCCGGCUGGGGAGGAGCCGCCAUCUUAUCAGAACUGGACAACGUGACUGAAAAGUUGAAACUCUUGUACCACUCUAACCCCAGUCGCCAGAUAAUCUGUGAAUACAGAGAACAAGAGUAUCUCACUGUGUCUGUUGUACCAUUAUGUUGCCAAUUCAAGGUGCACAAUGCAUAUGUACGCACACGUAUGCACGAAAAAAAAAAAAACUAGUCUGUUUGCCAAGUACCGCUGACUUGAUAAUGUCACCACACCGCGCAACACAGAAGCAGCCAUCAUCACUGCCAGCCUACACCAACGACCGCUAGAGGGCGCUAGAGAGGGAGAGAAGCCGCACCUCAAAAGAAUCGCCCAUGAUUUCACGAUACAGACUAAUGCAAUUCAGAACUGUGCCUUGAUUAAGUGUCAUUAUCGACUUGUUGUCUGAGCGCCCAGCGCAGUCUCGCAGGCGGGCUACACUCGUGUGUUUUGUUUUCUGUUGUCGAGCUGCAACUCCACGUGCCGACAGAUUUGCACAGGGUUUUCUACACUGAACGGAGAAACACCGAAGGCCUUGUGCACACUGGGGAUCUCCAACACAACUGAUAAGAGUUUGUCAAACACUGAACAACACUGAAUGUCCAAAACAUUAAGGACACUGUUUUCACAGAGUACUGAAGAAGUGAAUUCAACUUAAAGCCUUUAUUUACCAUCGAUUUCCCUUAUUAAAUGCAGACCAAUCACAAAGGAGAUGUAGAUGAAGAGAAGCGGACGAGUUGGGAUAUUUAAACCUCGAGGCAAAUGAGAUGUUGGUUGUGUUCAAGGAGCUGCAACUCUGUCAAUUGUCUCUGUCAAAUAUUUUGUUCAUUCAGCGUUUAAUUGUGUAGUGGGUGGGAGGGCCACCAAAAGUGACUUCACGAACUUUUUUUUUGUUUUUUUAUUUCCCCUUAUUGUAGACUGACAUAAACCUUUAAUUCAGAGCACACAAAAAAUUAAAGGACCAUACCAGUGAUUUUUGCAGGUUUAGCAUUAAUCUGCUAACUUUAGAACUCCAAUAUAAUUUUUCUUGCCUUUUCUCCAGCCAUUGGUUUCCAUUCAUGCCACCACAACAUGAAAAUGAACUUCAAACUCUCUUCACAGCAGUAUUCAAUCACCAUAACAAAGUCGUCCAUAUCAGUUUUCCUAAAAGCAGCAGCACUGUUGUGUUUUGAUGACUUGAAAUUGGGUGGAGUGAAACGUGCCCUCCGCUAGGGAAAAUAGUCCCCGGGGAAACAUAACCUUACACAGCCAGUUAUCAUUUCUGUGGUUUAUGAAUGUUGGUGACUUUGUUGGCCACAGAAGUAGAACACUACAAGGCAGCUGUUUCAACCAAAAAUUCAAAUUUAAAAAUCAAUGAAUUUUGAUUCUAUGUUGUGAAAUCUUCUAUACCCCGUGUAUGACUGGCAAAAUGGUUUGUAGUGAUGUAAAAUGUUGGAAAAUUGUAGUAAACGGGUCAAACAUUCAGAAUAACUGGUACGGUCCUUUAAAUAGAUCAAGUGCAGGAGGAGGAUAAGCAUAAAUGUACGCUUCUCACUUCAUUGGUGGUCAGGUAAUUUCCACCACAUCCCUGAUGAUAUUGGCAUCGUCAGUGACAACACCAGUCUUGUGUACCUUACAUGGGACGUAAAGUUAACACAGUGACACCGAUCAUAUCAUUGCUGCAGGGUAUAAAGGAGUUUGCUGGUUUGAAUCCCCAGUGUGAGCCGGGGCCUGAGCGCAUGAGGACUGAGUGAACAGCUCUCUGGUCUUUAGCUUUAAUGGAGCGUGGGGGUGACCGGGUUAGCCUGGUGUCGUCGCCGUCGUCACGUGUUGGUCACCACAUUGUGCAUCAGGCUGUGAUAGUGUGCCGUAGGGGACAGAUUUUGGAGCAUGUGGAACUGUCGUUUAUAGUUUCAUGUGUCGGUAAAAUAAUGCUAAUUUAUGGUUGUGAUGCCUGAAAUAGUGACUUCUAAGGAGAAGUUGAAGAAAAAAAAAAGACUAGUGAAAAGAAGACCUUAAUAUAUUCUUAUUUCCCCCCUUGCCUUCAACUUUCCGCGCCGUCGUGUGCAAAACCAAACUGUUCGAAACUGGCAAGGCUUUUAACCGUGUCUGUCGAUAGUAGGUGGUAUAAACAGUACUGUAGUUAUCCAUGUUGAAAAGAAAGGAAACUAAAUAUACUGUUAAAAAAAAAAAAAAAGGAUGCCUGAAUGAAAAAUUCUCACUAUUGAAAUGAAACAGUAUUGUAUGGAGAAAAAAAAAGUACAAUUUUUACUUAUUUUUUUGUCAUUUAGAAAUUUUAUUGUCAGAGUCAGUUACAUUUCGAAUUGUAUGGUAGUGGUGUAAUCGAUCUACCUUUUUUUUUUUUUUUUAAAACUGGUACAGCAGAACACACAAAUACACACACACCUGAUCUCACACACACACACACACACACACACAGUUGAGUCACCUAGCACUCCACAAAACUGUACUUUUUAUUCUUUAAAGAUCCUGCUUUCACACACAGGCACAAGCACACACACACACACACACACACAGUCAAUACUCGGACCAUACUGUGUUAGCGGUACCCUGUAUGUUUCAUGCGUCACUUUCAAAGUAUGGAUAAUAUGGAUUUUGUCAAAUCUAUUAAAAAACUUAAAAGAACUUAAAA